AUGAUACUUGAAGACUUAUUAGAAACAAAUGUUUUAGUCACUCAGAAUAAUCUAAGUAUAUGUAGCCAUAUUAAUAAUGAAGAACAAAAAAAUGAUACAAUCCACGAUAGAAUAACUACCAGUACUCGUCUUAAAAAAAGCCAGAAGAAAAGAAUUGCAAGGGAUUACAGAAAGUUUAAGUUAAGAUCCCAAAGAUCUCAAGAAAGGAAAAGAAAAAGGGAGCUUAUUUCUAGCCAACGAAAGUUAAUGCUGAAUUCGAUGACAGAGGAUGAUAGAAGACACUUUAUAUUAAGAGAGAGAUUUCUUCAAGAACAUAAAACACUUUUUUUAUCAAAUAAAAUAAUAAAUCAGACCCCGCAAGAUUAUAAGUAUUGUCCAGAUAAGAAUUAUAAUAUAUGUUUUAACUUGAGUUUCGAAAGAGUAAUGAAUGAAAAGGAAUUGAAUUCACUUGUACGUCAAAUAUCAUUAUCAUACUACUAUAUGAUAAGAUCUUUGAGAAUAUUUGAUAUCACCAACCCAGAAUCAGAUUCUAUGACUGAAAUUUUUAAAUUAGGUCCAAAUAGUGAAACUUCAAAACUAUAUUAUGACAAGUUUGAUUGGUUUGGUUGGAUAAAUUUUCAUGUAUCUCCAUUAAAGAAUAGUGAUACCCUAUACCAAAUUGCUAUGGAAAAAUAUUCGAUGAAUAAAUGGAAAAUGACAUUACAUGAAAAACCUUUUUGGGAUAUAUUUCCAAAGGAUAAUAUUGUCAUUUUAUCACCUGAUGCUAAUGAAGAACUGCAAAAUUUUGAACCCAAUAAAGUUUAUAUUGUAGGAGGUCUUGUUGAUAGAACUGUUACCAAAUAUGAGUCUUUGAACCAGGCUAUUGAGAAAGAUCUUGUAUGCAAAAAAUUACCAAUAAAAUCUUUUAUUGGUGAAAAGGCAAAUUGUAUCUUGAAUGUUAAUACCGUGAUUGAGAUCUUAGUUAAUUAUAUCCAUGGAAAUAACUGGAAAGAAGCACUUGUAAAAUCUAUACCUACUAGAAGAGCUAAAAAUCAAAGUAGAAGAGCACUUAAAAGGUUAGAAAUUAGAGAGUUUCAAAAGAAAAAAAAUAUACUAUUACAAUAA